UUGGCUUCAGAAUGUAUGGACACUGACUCCGCCUCUAGCUCUGGGUCAGAGAGAAAUCUUGUUGUUAUGGCUUCAGGGAGCACAGGUGGUGAAAACGAUAGCGUUCGGAAUGGCAUUGGACAUGGUUCUCAAAAUAAGUUUGUGGUUGGUAGCAACAGCAAUAAUGUGGGCAAUGGAAGUAUUAAUGGGCCAUGGGGUUUAUCCCAUGGAACCAUAAUAAGCACAUGUCAAGUUUCUGUGGAUGCUCCUGACAGCAAAUCUGAAAGUAGCAACAAUAGAAUGAAUGCUUGGGGCACCAUAAACUCUUCAUCAAAUGGAGGGUUAAAUCCAAGCACUUUGAAUUCAAAUGGCAACCAUGGUGCCUGGCCUGUAUUGGAGAACAAUGGACAUGCCCUGAAAGGGUCUGUAGGGAGUGGUAAUUCUGGCACAAAUAUUCAGUGCAGUACCAUAGGUCAGAAGUCUAACAAUCAGAGUAUUAACUCUAAAGUGGGUGGUUCAGCCCAUGGUUCCUGGGCAAGCCUUCAGGAAAAUUGUGAUUCUGAAGUGAAUGGUACAAGGAAGGUUUCAUUCAGUGGACAACCUCAAAACCUUAACACUGAAAUGAAUGGACCAAAUAACACUACUAACUUUAUGACCUCUAGUUUACCAAACUCUGCUGGUUCAGUACAGAUUAACAAACUGCCUAAUAAUACAGGGCCUGGGGCCUGGCGUGUGAGCACAAUGAAUCAUUCUCAGAUUCAGGCCUCUCCAGUUACAAAUGGCACUUCCACUUCUCAUCUUAGCAAUGGUGAGGCAAAAAAUGGUGGAUCUUAUGGUACUACAUGGGUUGCCUAUGGUUCUAAUUACUCUGGAGACAAAUGUUCAGGCCCAAACAGCCAAGCUAAUGGUGACACUGUGAAUGCAACUCUAACGCAGCCUGGCAGCAAUGGGCCUGGCAGCACUAAUUUUCAAAUCAAUGGGAAUAAAGGAGGAGGGGUAUGGGAGGGAGGGACAGUCAACUCCCAAAAUAUGCCAUGGGGAAGCGCAAAUGGUGCGAGUUCUGGAGGAAGUCGAAGAGGAUGGGGCAACCCUGCACAAAACACUGGCACUAGCAUUUCAGAUGGGGAAUGGAAUAAACUGCCUAGCAAUCAGCAUUCCAAUGAAAGCGUAAAUGGAAAUAGUAGGAAGUUUACAAAUGGAUGGAAAUCUGCUGAAGAGGAUGAUCUUAAUAGCCAGAAUUCUGCUGCAUCUCAGAUAACUGAGCAGAACAAUGUAUGGGCCAAAACAGGUACUGGGGAUAGCGAGGGUAGUACAGAGAGCACUGGAUGCCAUGAUGAUAAAGUAACUGCAGAAGGACAGAACCGAGAGAGAAGAAAAGUUGACCAGCAUGCAUUACUCCAAAGUAUAGUGAGCAGAACUGACUUAGAUCCACGUGUCCUUUCCAACUCUGGUUGGGGACAGACUCCAAUUAAACAAAACACUGCCUGGGAUACUGAAACAUCGCCAAGAGGUGAAAGAAAGACUGACAAUGGGACAGAGGCCUGGGGAGGCUCUGUGACACAGACUUCCAGCUCAGGGGGAUGUGUGGAGAGACCUAGCCCUAAUGUUAAUGAUACCUCAUCUAUAUCAGGGUGGGGAGAUCCAAAGUCUGCUACAAGGUGGGGAGACUCCAAAGGCUCCAACAGCCAAGGGGGGUGGGAAGAGGAUUCUGCUGCUACAGUAAUGGUCAAGAGCAAUCAAUUAUGGGUAAGUGGCAAAGAGGACAAGUCGUCCUGGAAUGAUACACAGAAGAUCAAACAGGGAUGGGUAGAUGGACAAAAAGCCAGCCAAGGUUGGGCAAUUUCUGCCAACGACAGCUGGGGAGAAAAUUCAAGAAGCAACCAUUGGGGUGAGGCUAAGAAAUCUAGUUCAGGAGGUAGUGACAGUGACAGAUCAGUAUCUGGUUGGAAUGAGUCUGCUAAAUCAAAUUCUGUUACUUGGGGAAGUAGUAAUACAAACCCAAAUAAUUCUUCAGGAUGGGAUGAGCCUGCAAAGUCUAAUCAGAGCCAGGGCUGGGGAGAAACUCCCAAAUCAAAUCAGCCUCAAGGUUGGGGUGAUUCGUCAAAGCCAGUCAACUCCCCAGACUGGAACAAGCAGCAAGAUGUUGGAUCUUGGGGAGCACCAUCUACCACAAAUAAACCACCAGGUUCCGGGUGGUUGGGUGGACCAAUACCAAGUCCAGCAAAGGAAGAGGAACCCACAGGAUGGGAGGAGCCAUCCCCAGAAUCAAUACGCCGUAAAAUGGAAAUUGAUGAUGGAACUUCUGCUUGGGGUGAUCCAAGCAAAUACAACUACAAAAAUGUGAAUAUGUGGAAUAAAAAUGUCCCAAACAGUAGCAGCAGUUCAGACCAGCAAGCACAGGUACAUCAGCAGCUACUGCCUUCAAGUGCCAUGUCCAACAAGGAGAGCAGUAAUGGUUCUGAUUGGGGGAAGGGUUGGGGAGAGCCUUCUACUCCUGCCACUACUGUAGAUAAUGGAACGU